CCUGCACCUACACGUCUCUCUCUCUCUCUCUCUCUCUCUCUCUCUCUUCAGCUCUCAAUCAGACACUGAGAACUGUGUGUGUAUAUAUAUAUAGAGCUCUCUCAGAGUCCCUAGAAAUCCCUAGCAAUGGCGAACACUACUGAGCUCAGGCAAGUGGAACCCACUGUCUGGAAAGCCUGCGCUGGAACCUCCGUUCAAAUCCCCACCGUCGAUUCUAGGGUUUACUACUUCCCCCAGGGCCAUGCCGAGCAGGCCUCCUCCCCUCCGUUUCUCUCUCCUCUCGUCUCCUCUCAGCCCUUGAUCCUCUGCCGCGUCGCCGCCGUUCUCUUCCUCGCCAACUCCGACACCGACGAGGUCUUCGCCAAGAUCCGCCUCCUCCCCCUCCUCCGCUCUCCAAACCCAGACUGUAGCAGCCGCGGCGGCGAUGUUGAUGUUGAUGUUGAUGAAGACGCGGUGGUGUCGUUUGCCAAGAUACUGACGCCGUCGGAUGCCAACAAUGGGGGAGGGUUCUCGGUGCCGAGGUUCUGUGCCGAUUCGAUAUUUCCGCCGCUGAACUUCGCGGCUGAUCCGCCGGUGCAGACGCUGUCGAUUACGGACGUGCACGGCGUGGUCUGGGAGUUCCGGCAUAUCUACCGCGGCACGCCUCGUCGGCAUUUGCUGACUACUGGUUGGAGCAAGUUUGUGAAUCACAAGAAGUUGAUUGCUGGGGAUUCCGUGGUGUUUAUGAGGAACCGAAGGAGCGGUGAGUUUUUCAUUGGGGUUCGCAGGGCGGUGCGGUCCAAUGCCGAUUGUGGUGGAAGGUGGAAUUCUCCGGUGGGUUCAGUGAGAGUGAAAACUGAGGAAGAUGGAAAUCGGAAAGAGGGGUUUUCGAGGAAUGGGAAGGGGAGGGUUUCUGCUGAGUCUGUUUCUGAGGCUGCUGAAUUGGCCGCACAGGGGAUGGGGUUUGAGGUUGUGUAUUAUCCGAGGGUCGGUUGGGCUGACUUUGUGGUGAAGGCAGAGACAGUGGAGGAGUCACUCAGUGUGUUCUGGACAGCAGGGGUGAGGGUUAAGAUGGGGAUGGAGACCGAAGAUUCAUCGAGGAUGACAUGGUUUCAGGGGACAGUUUCAUCCGCCACGGUCCCAGAUAACGGGCCGUGGCGAGGCUCUCCAUGGCGGAUGCUUCAGGUUACAUGGGAUGAACCUGAAGUUCUGCAAAAUGUGAAGAGAGUGAACCCUUGGCAAGUUGAGUAUGUCGUGCCCACACCACCCAUCCAUUCCACAUACCCUCCUGCAAAGAAACUCAGAUUUUCUCAGAAUUCUGUGCUGCCAACUGAUGGAGAGGGAGACCUCUUCUUUCCUAUCACAGGAUUAAAUAAUUCAAUGAUCAGGAACUUGAACCCAUCAUUGAUGAAUUACAAUUCUUUUCCUGCUGGCAUGCAGGGAGCCAGGCAAGAUCCAUUUUGUGUAUCCAGUUUAUCCAACUUCACAAGUGAAAAUAACCAUCACAUGUGCGGUGAUAAAUUAGUUGGCAACAACAUGACACCAAAGUUGAAAACUGUCUCUACUGAGCUUAACAUUGGCAGUUCACAGACCGACAAUUUGUCACCUGAUAGUCAGAGCAGUGUGCAUUUCUUUGGCAAUGACCUUGUUGGAAAACAGGGCUGCAAUUCCUCAACAAAAGUCAGUUUGGGUUCAUUCCAGUUAUUUGGUAAGAUAAUCCAUACAAAAGAUCCUGUGGAGAAUGGCUUUGAUGAUGCUGGUUGCACAGAAGAUAAGGGCUGUAAAAUGUUCAAAGAAGCAGAUGGUAUGAAAAAUUCACUGGAUCUUUCUUUGACUUGUCCUUACACAAAUCUACUUGAUGGGCUUGAUGUCCAAUGCCAAAGAGCCUCAGCUGUUGAAGCAUGCUCUUUAUGAAUAAGUGAUCUCUUCAACUUUAUCAGAUUAGAAGCUGUACAGGUACUUGAGGCAAGAAGGAAGCUGACUUAUAAUCUGACUCUUGCAGUAGUUUCGUGUCUAUGGUGGUUUGCUUUAGUUUGCCAUGUUGAAGAUUUGAAACUUUUGUAUACAGUUUUUAGUGUUUUAAUCAACUGGUAGAUUUCUACAAUAGCUUUAGAUAAUGUCUCAGAUUAUGAUUUUUACUUUUUUGAACUAGGAUUAUGAUUUUUACUGAUAAUGGAAGAAUGGGGUUAAAAGUUGAUUGUUUCCUUGAAGAUAGAUAAGCCGGCAGCAAUCUUUUUUUUUUUAGUUUGAGGAAGGUAACACAUACAGAACAAAGAUCCUCAUAUUAAAUCCAUGCACUCUGUUUCUUGAGC